AUGGUAAAAGAAGGUAAAAAGCAAACUCACCUAAAGCCGCAGGAUGCCUCCGCUGUGGAUGCAUCAAAAUUGACAGCAUUGACGCCUGAAGUUAUUUCUCGUCAAGCAACCAUCAAUAUCGGUACUAUUGGUCACGUCGCCCACGGAAAAUCAACCGUUGUGAAAGCCAUCAGUGGUGUCCAAACCGUUCGUUUCAAGAACGAAUUAGAACGUAACAUUACUAUCAAACUCGGCUAUGCAAAUGCAAAAGUUUACAAGGGAGAUAGCAAAGACUCGAAAGGAGGAUUCUACACAUCGAGAGGUUCCUCCCACCCCGAUGAGUUUGUGGAUGAAAUCUCGGGUGUGACUUACCGUUUGCGCCGACAUGUUAGUUUCGUGGAUUGUCCCGGUCACGAUAUUCUGAUGGCAACGAUGUUGAAUGGAGCGGCAGUGAUGGACGCCGCCUUCUUGCUGGUAGCUGGAAAUGAAACCUGUCCUCAACCACAGACCAGUGAACACUUGGCAGCUGUGGAGAUUAUGCGUCUUCAAGAAAUUCUAAUUCUUCAAAAUAAGGUGGAUUUGGUCAAGCCAGACGCUGCCUUGGCUCAACAGGAACAGAUUCGAAAGUUUGUGGCCGGAACUGUUGCUGACUCGGCACCCAUUAUUCCUAUUUCUGCCGUUCUGAAAUACAACAUUGAUGUGGUCUGUGAAUUCAUUGUCCGAAAGAUUCCACUUCCCCCUCGUGAUUUUACUAGUGUUCCACGUUUGAUUGUUAUCCGAUCGUUCGAUGUCAACAGACCCGGUCAAGACGUCAGUGAUCUGCAAGGAGGUGUUGCCGGAGGAUCUAUCUUGCAAGGUGUCCUCAAGGUUGGAGAUGAAAUUGAGGUUCGUCCAGGUAUCGUCACUAAGCAAGAGGAUGACAACGGUAACACCACAAUGGUAUGCUCUCCCAUCUUCUCCAAGAUUUCUUCGUUGUAUGCAGAACAAAACGAUCUCCAAUUCGCUGUCCCUGGUGGUUUGAUUGGUGUCGGUACUCGGAUUGAUCCUACGCUAACUCGUGCCGAUCGAUUGGUUGGACAAGUUCUUGGAAUCAAGGGACAGCUCCCUGAUGUAUUCUGCGAGAUCGAGAUCUCUUACUACUUAUUGAGACGACUGUUGGGUGUUAAGACUAGUGAUGGUGGAAAGCAAGCCAAGGUUCAAAAACUGUCGAAGAACGAAAUUCUGAUGGUCAAUAUCGGGUCAACGUCUACUGGAGGAAGAGUAAACGCCGUCAAGGGUGACUUGGCUAAGAUUGCUCUCACACAACCGGUUUGUACAACUGAAGGUGAAAAGAUUGCUUUAUCAAGACGUGUUGAUAAGCACUGGCGUCUCAUCGGCUGGGGACAAAUCCGAAAGGGAACAAAGAUUGAGAUCAAGGAAGUUUAA